AUGAAACGAAGGUUGAAUUAUGAGGAUCUGUUUAUGAAACUAGUGCGUUCUACAAAUAUGUUAGACCACAACCAAUUCAUAUGCAAGAUUGAAUAUAGGAAACCAAUUAUUAGUGAUAACGAUUACAAAUUUGAACUAGUUAAGCUGCUGAACGAUGCCGAUGUAGAGAUGAUGUUCAAUUACGUCUGUACACUAGGGGCUGAGAGCAUAGUUUUUUAUGUCGAUGUCGUUAGAGAUAUUCAUAGAAAUCAGAACGAUGAUUGUGCUGCUCCCUCUUAUACUGAUCCAAAAACGAGUUCACACUGUAUUUUGCAUCCGAAUACUGAAGAGCAAGAUGAAAUUAUAGUCUGUCCAAUUAGUCCGUUUGGUACUGAAGACUUCAACUUUAAUGGUGUUAAUAGUAUUGUUAAUGAAGUUGUGGAUGAAGUUGAUGAAGAUGUUGAUUCAGAUAGAUUAUCUGAUUCUGACAUUAACGAGUACGAAAGUGGUUGGAUUGAGGACGACGAAUUAUUAUCAGGUGAUUAUAAUGUUGUUGCUCAGUAUAUUAAUCCUAUUUUGUCUCUAGUGCAUCCACCGCCAUUUUCAGAAAUAGAUUUUGAAUUAAUGCGUGUAGACCCUUAUGCAAAGCCACCGACUGAUAUGUUUUGGAGUCCGAAUAUGGAGUUUUCUGUUGGGAUGAUUUUUUCAAACAGAGAUGCUGUCAUGACAGCAGCAAAGGAAUAUCAUUUGCGUAGAUAUCAUCAGUUUUGUUCUUAUGAGACAAAGAGAAAAACAUAUAGUAUUAAAUGCAAGAAUAAAAAACAUAACUGUAAAUGGCAUAUGCGUGCAUCAAUGAAGGAGGGAUCUGAGGUUUGGAAAAUUAUAUCGUAUAAUGGGCCGCAUACUUGUUCAAAUCUAAUGGUUGAAAAAGACCAUACUCAAUUGGAUAAUAAAUUUCUAUGUCAAUUUAUUUUGCCUAUGAUAGAAGAACAACCACAAAUUAAAAUAAAAGCACUUCAGGCAGAAGUUAGAGAUAAAAUUGGAUAUGAACCAUCAUAUUCAAAAACGUGGAAGGCAAAACAAAUUGCAAUUAGGAAAAUUUUUUGCGAAUGGGAUGAAUCGUAUGGAAGGCUCCGUAAGUACAUGAAUGCAGUGUGCCACUUCAAUCCUGGUUCGAUAUUCGUAAUUGAGGAUGAUCCCUAUUACAUAAAUGAUCGUUUGGAUCGUAUUUCUCGUGUAUUUGAUCGUAUGUUUUGGGCUUAUCGUCAAUCUAUUCAAGGAUUCAAGCAUUGUCGACCAGUAAUUUUUGUUGACGGGACAUUCCUAUACGGUAAAUAUAGUGGGUGUAUAUUGUGUGCAACAGGGCUUGAUGAAAAUAAUCAGAUAUUUCCAUUGGCUUUUGCUAUUGUCGAGAACGAGGAUUCAGAUAAUUGGGGAUGGUUCAUGUCUUGUUUGAGAGCCUAUGUCACAGAACGCGAAGAUUUAACUGUCAUUUCUGAUCGUCACAUUGGAAUUAAGAAAUCUAUGGAACAAUAUUGGUGGCAACCACCAAGUGGACACCAUCGAUACUGCAUACGGCACAUUUUGAGCAAUUACAACACAAAAUUCAAGAAUGCAACAAUGAAGGAAUCUAAUCAUAGCCAAAAGAGAAAAUUCUAUGACGCGAUGAAUAAAAUUAAGGAAGUCAAUCUCGAGACCUUUGAAUGGGCUGUGAAGAUAUCUUUAGAGAAGUGGACUCGUUCCCAUGACGGUGGGAAGCGAUAUGGAUCAAUGACGACUAACACCAUUGAGUCUGUCAAUGGAAUGUUGAAAGGCUUUCGAGCUUUGCCUAUUACAGCAAUGUCAGCAAAUGGCCAUCGUGUUACAACAUUUAAUCGUGAUGAUUUGGUUGUUGAAGUCCGAAGUUCUAAAUCUGGUAAAAAACAAGUUGUUAAGCUUAUAGAAGGGACCUGUACUUGCGGAAAAUUUCAAGAGAUGCAUAUCCCAUGUUCACAUGCCAUAGUAGCCUGCAUGUCGAGGUCUGUGGAUUAUGAGCAAUUCGUUGAUAGCUACUACACUCUCGAAAGGCCAAUUAAAUGUUACGAAGACAUGUUCAAUCCAUUAGGCAAUUCAGACUAUUGGCCUGCAGAUUAUGAAUUACCACUAAUUCCAAACAAGAACCGAAUAAGGAAAAAAGGGCGACCGAAGUCAUCGAGAAUUCAGAAUGAAAUGGAUUGGAGGGGUACAAAAGUUAAUAUUCCUGGAAAAAAAUCAUUGUUCUAUAUGUGGCCAAUCAGGACAUAA